AUGGAUCCGAAUGAGCAUGUGACCUCCUACACGUGCGCCAUCAAAGGUAACGACUUGGAAGACAACGAGAUCGAGUCAGUGUUGUUAAAGAAGUUCGGGGAAACUCUGUCAAUAGGAGAAAUGAUAUGGUACCAAAAGUUACCCCAAAAUUCCAUUGAUUCAUUUGCUAUCCUCACGAAUGACUUUGUAAAGGCUCAUGCUGAGGCCAUCAAGGUCGAGACCAGAAAAUCAGAUCUGUUCAAGGUUAAGCAAAGGGAUAAUGAGAUGCUCAGGGAGUUCGUGUCAAGAUUUCAAAUGGAACAAAUAGACUUACCUCCGAUUGCAUACGAUUGGCAUGUUCAGGCAUUCACUCAGGGACUUAACCCCCGAAGCUCCUUGGCUUCGCAGGAGCUGAAGCAAAACUUGGUAGAGUACCCGGCGGUAACUUGGGCCGACGUCCACAAUAGGACCGAGGACUGCCGACAGUUGAGAGAAGAGGUCGCCCGGUUUUUCAAUAACGGGCAUCUCCGAGAAUUUUUGAGUGAUCGAGCCAAAAAUCACUUCAAGAACAGGGACUCCAAAAAAUUGACCGAACAAGAAGAACCUCAACACGUCAUCAACAUGAUCAUUGGAAGGGUCGAUGUCCCCCAGGGACCGAUGAUGAAGCGCACUAAAGUAUCCAUCACAAGGGAAAAAUGCACCCGAGAUUACAUCCCGGAGGGAACCAUUUCAUUCAGCGACGAGGAUGCCGAAGGCAUUGUACAACCUCAUAAUGAUGCACUGGUGAUAUCCGUACUUAUCAACAAAUCUCGGGUUAAACGUGUGUUGAUCGAUCCAGGAAGCUCUGCCAACAUCAUCAGAUCGAGGGUCGUCGAGCAGUUGGGGUUACAAGAUCAAAUAGUACAGACGGUUCUGUGA